CUUUUGUCUAGACCUGUUUUUGUGCGGGACAUCUUCGAGGUAUAAUAAUAAAAAAAGCCUAUUGUAUUGAAUGGGAUAAAUCCUACGCACAUCUAUGAAGCCGAGCUGCUCAAACUCGUGUCUGUGAUGGCGCAGUGCGAUAUCUGCGGGCGUUCCUUCGCGCGAAAUGAGCAUCUUAUUCGACACCACAGAACUCACACAGGUGAGCGACCAUUUCGCUGCCCUCACUGUAAAAUCGGGUUUCAUCGCGCCGAUGUUAGGGCGAAACAUAUCAAGAAGAUUCAUCCCGAGAAUGGAUCGCCGUCAGAAUCUUCGGAUCCUCUCUCACAGCCUCCAGUCGAGAGGUGUAAACCUAAAGAAAGAGAACGUUCAAAGUUAGCAUGCGACCAAUGUCGAAAGCGAAAGCUGAAGUGCAACAAUGUCCGGCCAUGUGAAGCAUGUCGCGCCAAGAUGCUGCCUUGCACAGUCUCGAGCUCUAGCAGGCCGCCCGGUAGACCUCGCAAUCCCGUACUUAUUUCCCCAAGUCAAGAAAUUAUCCGUGAAAAAGAAGCAGAUAAUUCCGGCGUGCCUCCGGUUUCCCAGCCUUGGGUGCCGGACAACCUUGAGUUACCCCUGGUCCGAUCCAAUCUUAUGCCCGGAAUUCCUGGAAUUGGCGUACCGGACACUAGAGAUGACGAUGGCGCAUAUCCGGGUGCUACAGAUUUAACAUCAUUAGGCAUGGACCAAUGGAUGACUCCAGAGACGACGGGAAAUUUCUCAAUACACGCUCCGUUCCCAAGCGAAUCAAUACCAAUUGACCAAAUAUGCGGCGACGCGGACAUGAUGGACAAUAUACUCCCUCAACUCGACCUAGGGAAUUGGUUGGAUGACCUUAACGAAUUCUCCGCAACAGAUGACACAUGGCCACUGGACUCCCUAUCAUCCAACAUCGAUUCUGAUCCUUCUAUGGACGGCGCUGUUGAGAUGAUGAAAGAUCACUUUCAGAGGCGAUCACGAGCAACAUCUCCUUCUCGAGAGGAACAGAGACGUUCUUGGUAUUCUGCUCCACCACAACUCUACGUUUACGAUAAAGAUGUCCUUAACAUCCUUCUUAAUGUUUCCAAGACACACAUUUCAAGCACGUUUGCUAUAUUUUCUGAUUUCGAUGCGAAUUAUGAUACCCCGGUAGAGCUCUGCCUUUCUAUGGCUGCUGUUGGUGGUCUCUAUUGUACUGCAUAUGCCAGCAUGAAAGUCGCCAAGAUGUUAUUCAACGACUCUCGCCGGCUACUUUUUGAGAAAUAUCUUCUUCUGGAAGACCCCAUAGACUUUGAUACAUCAUUAAGCAUCGCCAAGACGUUCAUCCUACUGGAGAUCUACGAGCUGUGCAGUGGGGACAAACGAGCCUAUGAGUUCAUCGAGGUCUUCCAUGCGAGUAAAUUGAAUGCAAUUAGCUCUUGCAUAAGCUCCUUGCCGCGCGAUGCCCCCUUAGACCAGCGGCGUCAAGCAAGACUGCUUUUGGAAGCGGUUCGUAUCCUCGACUGUUACAGGGUGCUGUUGCUACAGAGGCCACCGUCAUUUAUAGGAGAAACUCAACUCGAUUUACACGUGGCUGGCAAAGCUCUUGGAUUUCGGUCCCUUCCUACGGGUGGGCUGGUUUCUACUUCAAGUGACGGCUAUAUACUUGGCGUUCCAGCAACAGACAUGGAUCGUCUAGUGACUAUUAUAUGCUACAGCUGGAUGGCAAGCCCACAGAACACAGAAAACUCUUCACAUCCUCCUCUAUGGAGGCUAGAGUUCGUCGAGCUGGCGCUAAAUCGAUGGAUUCAAGAAAAAGAAAUCGAGACGGAAUGCCCAUCCCAACUCGAAGUAUCUCAAAUGCUGCUAUAUCACCUUACGCAAGUGUCACUUCAUUCUAAUCUAAAUCAUCUACAGCGUCUUACCCAAGUAGCCUUACAAGCCUCGAAACCUCUCCAAGAAGGAGGACCUCUGGACUCAAUCAGGACAUGGCGAGAUAGUCACCACUUUAACGUAGCUCAGUGGCAUGCCAAGACAACUCUUCGUAUCGCACAGGAAUCUAUGACGACACCUCGCCGCCAUACUUCAUCUGAAAAAGAUAAGCCCCGACUUUCUGAAGCUCCGCACUUGCCGCUAUGUAUUUACUUUGCGACACUGGUCGUAUGGUGGGGAGAGCUGAUAUUGGAUGGGCGAGGAACUGGCUCGGCUAAUCCUCCUGCAAUAGAGACCGGCUCGCAGCUGUUGUUCAGGUUGAAAGUUCCCGUGUCCAAAAUUCUAGGAACUGCCCUCUGUGAACUCCUCCCUAGUGAAAGGUAGGGUGAACGGCGUCAGAGGAAUAUGUCCGAGUCGUUAAGAUAGAAAGUCAGCUUGAAGAUGCUUAAGGCGCCAAAUACAUACCAUGGUGGGGAAUAAAAAUAUGUCCCAAGAAUUUUCGGAAGAGAGGUCAC